CUGCUGACGCUAAGUUGUUCACAUACUAAGGAAGGGGAAAACCAUAGCGUUGGUCACACAGAAUUUGGUCUUUCAUUUAAGUGAAACGCUUGUCAAAGUUCAUCAUGUGGGACAUUCUGCUGCUGUUUUCCAGCAUCUGUACAGCUGUUGUUGUAGGAGAUGCAGAUACAGUUACAGGAUACAGUGGAGAGAGAGUUGAGAUCAGAUGCUCAUAUGAAUCUGGAUAUGAAUCAAAUUCAAAGUAUUUUUGUAAAGGCAAGUGUAGCUUUGGAAAUAAAGACAUCAUGGUUAAAUCAGGAUCUGCAGCUAAAGACGAGAGAUUCUCUCUGACUGACGACACGACGAACAGAGUUUUCACCGUCACCAUCACUGAUCUGAGAACAGAGGAUGAAGGCAAAUACUGGUGUGCUGUGAAGAGGACUUUGUCUUUUACUGAUGUAUAUUCAGAGAUAAUGUUGCAGGUUAAACAGGGUCACGUCUCAUAUUCAGGGUCUGUCAUAUACGUCAGUGCUGGAUUAGUCAUCAUGGUGAUCAUCCUCCUCAUGGCACUGAUGGUGUGGUGUAGGAAGAGAAGCAAGAAAUCACCACGAGUUACACAAUCAGGACUUUCACAGCAAGUCUCCAUCACACAUUUGCCUUUGAAUACAACAGCAGAAAUCACUUCAGAGGACAGUGACUGGAAUGACCAUAAUUAUCAGGAAAUCAGUGAGCUGCAGUGCAAGAACAAACACACCACCACCAUCUACACUACAGUAGAAAGUCCAGAUUAUCCAAUGAUCUACUCCACUGCAGACAAACCAGAUGAUCUGAUUAUCUACUAUACUUUAGAUAAACCAGCUGAUCAGAUUAUCGACUCCACUGCAGAUAAACCAGAUGAUCAAUGAUCUAUCAACAUAAACCAGAUGAUUUGACAAUCUACACAAUCGCACCAUUGCAACAUUUUUACUUUGUGUCUCUCAUUAUCUUCAUGGAGUGGAAUCUAAACCCACAAUGCCAUGUGACGGGACCAAAAAAAAAAAAAAAAAAAAAAUUCCCAAAUUUUGGAUAAAUCAGGCUUUAAAUGAGAAAUCAUAAUGUCCUCAUAUGCUUGAUUUGUGGAAUAGAUAUAGACAGUCAAUCCAUAUCUACGUUCUUUAGCUUUUCACUAUAGUAAAUUUAAUACAUUCAUUCUUUUACUAUUAUAUUGUUUGUUACACAAUGAGCAGUAGCAAAAGUUGUAUGUUAUAUUAUGCACAUUACAUGUGUUAUUUGUUUAUUUAUGUGAAAUACAGACAAUGUUGCAUUUUAUCAUAUGGGUUUACAGGGAUAUAGCUUAAAUUAUAUAAUAUAAAUUAUAAUUAAACAGUAUGUUUAUGGCAGCUGGUUUACACUGGAGUGACACACAAUGAAGUGUUGUGACUUAAAUGACAGAGAGACAUAAACAACACAAAAGAGCUUCACAGCUUGAUAAAGGGCUCAUCUGUGUAAAACAAGAUCUGGAUUCAAGUCAUAAUAAAGAUGAACUUUCAGUUUAUGGACAAUUAUGACUUUAUGACUUCAUAUAUAUUAUUAAUGAAUAUUAAUAUUGUGAUUUUUAAGGGAAAAUUCCGUUCGACAGUUUCACUUCUGCUUUAGUGGUUUUUGGCUUUUUUAUGAUACAUUGCUGGUGUGUUUCAUUAUAUUUAUGUAUUUUCUCUGUGUCUUCCUAUUGAAUAAAUGAAAUAUAUGUAAA